AUGGGCGGCGACAGGAUUCCGCCUCUCAGCACUCUCGACCGACCCGAGAACUACAAAGACCUUCUCAAAGAUGAGGUUGAUGACUGCCUAGGCUGCAGAAUAAUAGGGAGCGGCGCAUUUGUCGGCCUUGGUGCGUACAGCUACUUUUCGGGCAUGGCGCAGCUAGAGAAGCAGAAAGCUCUGAUAUUGAAGAGCAAAUCCCCGUUUGGGAUGCGCAGUCGCAAGUUUGGAAUCACCGGACUGUCUCUGACAUUGGUGUAUAUGGGAAUCUGGAGAUGGACGCACUGA